AUGGGUACCGACAAAGAGACCAAUGUUGGGACUGCAAGUCCAGUCUCAGAGGAGGCAGCGGAAGUUGGCACCAUUCGAGAGCUUAAGUCGUUGCACACUGACGGUCUCGACCCGGUCUUUGAGCAUCAAGCUCGUCUCGUGAACCAUGCUGUCCAGAGCAUCGGCAUGGGCAAGUACCAAUGGGCCCUGUUCGUCCUCUGUGGAUAUGGUUGGUUGUGUGAUCAGCUCUGGCAAACGACUGUUUCAGACGCGCUUGCUCAAGUGGCGGUCGAAUUCACUCCAAAGCAUUCUGCCUUUUUGUCUCUUGCAUUGAUCGCUGGACUGGUCGUUGGAGCAACUUUUUGGGGACUUGGAAGCGAUCUGAUCGGGAGACGACUUGCGUUCAAUCUAACCCUGCUCUUUGCCGGAGUAUUCGGCACCGCUGCAGGAGCUGCCAACAGCUUUGUGUCUUGUGCUGUUCUGGUCUCCUUCUGCGGGUUCGGCGUUGGAGGAAAUUUGCCUGUGGAUUCCGCCGUGUUUCUCGAAUUCCUUCCUGGCACUCACCAGUACCUCCUCGAAAUAUUGGCCGUUUGGUGGUCAAUUGGUCAGGCUAUCCCAGCAGGGGCCGCCUGGGGCUUUCUUCCCAACUUCUCGUGCAGCGCCGACACCCCAGUUGGACAAUGCCACAAGAAGGACAAUAUGGGCUGGAGAUACUUGAUGUACACCAUGGGUGGCCUCACCCUGGCUGCAUUCUUCGCCCGAUUCGUCUUCUUCCGACUCCGUGAAAGCCCAAGGUAUCUGAUCGGUCAAGGACGGUACCAAGAGGCCAUCGACGUGCUCAACGACGUUGCAAAGUACAACGGCACCACUCAGCCACUGACUGUCGAGGAUCUGCUGCAAGUCGAGAGAGACUAUGCGAGCGCCGGACAUCCCGCCGCCAUCAAGAGACCCACCUCCUGGGAACGCACUUUCGCACAAUUCCGACCCGGUGGAUUCAAGCACGUUCGAGCCUUAUUCUCAACCAGGAAAGUUGCCUAUAGCACAUCGCUCAUCAUCUUGGUAUGGGGGAUGAUUGGUCUUAGUUCACCUCUAUACGCGAACUUCCUGCCAGAAUAUCUGGCACUGCAUGGUGCACAGAGCGGGUCCAACAGCAUCGGCAUCACGUACCGGAACAACUUCAUCAUCAUCGCAUGCUCCAUUCCUGGCACCCUGAUGGCAGGGUGGUUCAUUGGGCUGCCUUAUGUUGGCAGAAGAGGCACGCUCGGGAUUGCCCUGAUCUUGACGGCCGUCUUCGAGUUUGCCUUUACAGCGGCAAGGACACAAGCAUCAAUCCUUGCGUUCAACUGCAUAACCAGCUUCGUGUCGUACAUCAUGUGGGGCGCAUUGUACUGUUACACCCCUGAAGUCAUCCCCAGCGUGCACCGAGGGACAGGGACCGGUUUAGCAGCAGCAUUUAACCGUAUCUGCGGUCUGAUGGCACCCAUCAUCGCAACUUAUGUCGGCUAUACAAACACACCGAUCUUCGUCUCGGCGAGUUUGUAUAUCGUUGCUGGAUUCAUAAGCUUCAUCUUCCCAUAUGAGACAAGCGGAAAGGCAAGUCUGUAA